AUGGAAAAGAUGGCAACCUGGGACCCGAACCAGGGAAAGGUGGUCAAGCUCGACGCAAUCCUCAAUCAAGGCGUCACUAUCGGUAGCAAUCUCAAGCACACAGUCGACGAUCUUCACGAUAUCCUCCACUCAUACUACAAGGUUGCCCGGAAACGUUUCGUGGACAUUGUCUGUAUGCAAGCCGCGGAUUAUUUUCUUGUGGCCGGCCAUGACGCGCCAAUCAAGGUCUUUUCCCCAAAAUUUGUGAGUGAAUUGACCAAUGAGCAGCUGGAAGCGAUCGCGGGAGAGGAUUUGGUGUCCAAGAGAAAGCGGGAAGAUUUGAAGCGGAAGAUCGAAAAUCUGGAGAGUGGGAAGAAAAUUGCCUUGUCCUAG